AUGAGCUUGUUCGGUAUUAACAGGUACGAAGAUGAAGAGUGGAAGAAAGAAACGAAUAGUUCUCACAAUCACCUGUCAAAUUUUUUAAAACAGAUAGAGGUGAGGAGACGCCAAAGAGAUAGUCUAAAAGCUGCCAAUGAAUCUACAGCGGAGGAUGUGCCUGAAAAAGUUAACCAUGAUAUUUCCGAGAAUAGAGAUAACGAGAAGAAGUCGAAGAAGAGGAAGCAUGAAGCAUUAUCGGAUAAAGCAUCUAGCGAUAAUGAGGUUGAUGAGCAAAAGACUUGUGUAGAGUUUGAAAAAGAUUCGAGUAAGAGGGCAGAGGAAAAUUUUACAAUUCUGGGCAGCGGCAAGCAUUUCAAACGUCAAUUGGCAAAGAGAGUUCUGCCUCGCUGGCUCACACAUCCCGAAAUAGUAGCUUCCAAUUUGAACAGCGGCUCGGCACUCAAGGAAGUAGAGUCACUUUUAGAUGAUAAACUAUUGGCAAAACUUAAAGAGGAUAGGUUUACAAAAUUAUUUCCCGUUCAAGUUCAUCUGUUAUCUUGGCUUUUAAAAUGUGAUAAAGAUUAUAACGCUGGCAAAUGGGUGCAGGAUACUUGCGUGUGUAUGCCCACGGGGAGCGGUAAAACUUUGGCUUACGUACUUCCAAUUAUUCAGGUGCUUCAAAAGAAUUUUGUACGUACGGUUCGUUGCCUCAUUGUUUUGCCAGUUCAGGAAUUGGCCACGCAAGUUCACGAGGUUGUAAUGAAAUAUGCCAAUUGCACAUCACUUAAAGUAGCAUUGAUUACUGGAGCCACGUCGUUUAAGGAGGAACAGGAAACAUUAGUGCAAAAACAUGAAAGAGGAAGCUUUAUUAGCAUGGUUGAUAUAAUUGUAGCUACGCCUGGCCGCCUAAUCGAUCACAUUCGAAAAACUUCCGGCUUUUCAUUAACAAAUUUACGAUUUUUAGUUAUCGACGAGGCUGACUGCGCGGUAGAUUGGCUACAAUAUAUUCCCUUUCCACAUUCGAAAGCUCCACCUCCCUCUAUCAAAAACAUUCGCUCUAGUUGGAAUAAGCCCGCGCAAAAGAUACUGUUGAGCGCUACUCUGUCACAGGAUCCGGAAAAAUUGAAUAGACUGGGCUUGUUUCGACCAAUUUUAUUUACCUCGGUCGUUAUUGACUUCGAAAUAGAUAAUGAUUUAAAUCUUGACGAGCAUUGUAAGAACAUCGCACGGUGUUAUGGUAAUCCUAGUGAAUUGACCGAAAGGAUUGUACAAUGUCUGCCUCAGUACAAGCCACUCGCACUUUAUCGGCUGCUCGUGCAAACUCAAGAUGUUGAAAAAACACUAGUUUUUACAAAUUCGAGCGAAUCGGCCCACAGACUGGCCAUACUUUUACAGUCUUUAUUAAAAAGUAAGAAUAUAUCGGUCGGUGAGCUUUCCGCGCAGCUGGGCUCUAAGCAACGAGAAGAAACUCUUGAAAAAUUCAUUCGUGGCGCAUCUCGAGUACUCGUUAGUUCCGAUGCAUUAGCCAGGGGCUUGGAUAUACCGGAUGUUAAACUCGUUGUAUCUUACGAUCUUCCAAAAUAUAUAAAAGGCUACAUCCACAGGGCUGGGAGGACGGGUAGAGGUGGCUUACCCGGAACGGCUGUGUCGUUGCUUCUGCCAAAUCAAGUAGAUUUAUUUACUAAGAUGUUGAAAAAAGUUGGCCGAACGAUACCCAUUGGUAAGCUGGAGAAUUUAGACGAUCUUGCCGAGUCGAUAAAUUAUGAGAGUCAUUUGGAAAAUUUGAAAGAUUUAUUAGCCAAUGAACAGGGAGAGAAUCUUCGUCGACUGAAAUCCCGUAAAAGUAUUGUUAAGUCUUGAAUAAAUUGGCAAUAUACAAAAGUAUAAGCGACUAGAAUAAAAAUAAAUUGUACAGUUUUGUUGAAUAACAUCGAUAAUAACAUUUUAUUGUCUGAAGUUAAUAAUAUUAUUAUACAUAGGUAUACUCCUCUUUAUUUGCUCCCAUCAUCGUUCUCUCGCACAUUCACAAAUAUGCACCGCAUCACUUAAUAGAUGACCUUUCUUAAAAUUAAAUUUAGCGAAUUUCAAUGAUUAUUAUAUCGCUCACACUCGCUUGGCCAAGGCAAUGAUUCAUAAUUCCAUAAUUCAACAUGAUGACAUAAGUAAAGACGUUGCUAGCAAUUUUCUUACUCAAAUUGUUACUACAAGCUUUUUUCACUCAAAUAUUUCAUUAAAUAUAAACAAUUUAUUUAAUAAAAGCGUGAACGAUCGUUCUAUUAUAUAAAUUUCGCUAUGAAUAAAGCUGCCUGUGUGUUCGUCGUUUCGUUGUAUCGAGUGUGUCGAAGUCUCGAAAGAACGUGGCAGUAUAAAAACAAAAUUUCUUUCACGUGUUUACCUUGUAUUUUACAAAAUCCAAGGUUC